UAUAAUUGAUGGUUUGAUUAGAAAAUUACAACAAAGAUUACGUGAUAAAUAUUUUGGUAAUAGAACACACGAAAUAUUGAGACAAUUACAAGAAAUCGAUGCUAAUAAAGCUGAAGAAUUUAAAGAAUCAUUUGAAUUAUUUAUUAAAACUGUUAUUGAAUAUAUAAAAUCUUAUUAUGACGAUAGUACAAGACAGUUUUAUGAAAAAUUAUCAUUUUUUAGUUAUCAAUCACUGGAAUUUCUUGCAUGGGAACGUCUUAUCGAUGUUGUUAAUUUAAUUAAAGUAAAUGAUUUGAAUAAAGAUGAAUUGUACAGUGAAUAUUGUGAACUCAGAGUUUUAUACGACAAUUUAAUUAAAAAAGAUGUUAAAUUAAGUGAUCAAAUCAAGUUAUAUAUCUCAAGUAAGAAAGACUACGAUCUAAUAUCAACAAUAGAUAGGUCGGAUAGUGUACACGAUAAUGAUGAGGAUGAUGAUGAUAUUGCAUUAGUACAUAAAAAUCAACAGUAUGAUGAACAUGUACGAUCUGAUCACUUUUGGUCUUAUUUACUGAAUAUUAAUCCUAAAUCAACACCAAAUAUGAAAAAAAGUAUAUGCUACAUAUUUUCGAUUCCUUGUACAAAUGCCUAUGUAGAAACAAUUUUUAGUCACAUAAAACAUGCAUGGUCCGAUUAUCGCAAUCAUAUGGAUAUCGAAUUAGUUGAUGCUGAAUUGAAAAUUAGAGUAAAUUCUGAUUAUCCUUGUGCAUAUAUGUAUAAACAUCUUUUAUCUCAACCGGAUGUAUUGACCAAAAUUCGAACAAAUGAAAAAUAUCAACAAACGAAGCGUCGUAAUACCGAAUAA